UCCUCGCUCCGCGCGCCGGUAGGACACAGUACACACCAUUUCCUCUUCUUCGGAGAUCAUCGGUGGGCGGCGGGCGGCGGGCGGUGAACCUGCUGAGGGCGCCCGUGGCUCGGUUUUGAUACGAUCGACAUGGCGGCGGCGGCGUCUCUGGCGAUCCGUCUCACGGCGCUCGUCGUCGUGCUCGUCGUCCUCUGCCCGACGGCGUCCGCGGCGCCGAAGGGGAAGCAGUACAAGGUCGGCGGUCCUGAAGGGUGGUGCGUGCCCCCGAAGGUGGACAAGGAGAUGUUUUACGUCAAGUGGGCGUCCAGCAUAACCUUCUUCGUCGGGGACUCCGUCGAGUUCGUGUACAAGAACGACUCGGUGAUCAAGGUGAGCAAGGUUGGAUACUACCACUGCAACGAGACGGCGGGCAUCGGCACCGGCCCCGGGCCGAGGGAUGGCAAAACGCUCUUCCCCCUCGACGCGCCAGGCUUCACCUACUUCGCCAGCUCCAACCUCGCACACUGCAACGAUGGCCAGAAGCUCAUAAUUAAAGUCCUCGACGCCGAGCAGCGGCCGCCGGCAUCAGCAUCGUCGCCGUUAGAGGCCCCGACGGAACCAUCAUCUUCACAAGCGCCGCCGUCUCCGGAGCCAGGGCCGGCCUCCAAGGAGCACUCAUCCGCCAUGGGAGGGCCAUUCGUGGCGCCUCUCGCUCGCGCCAUGGCACAAGCUGCAACAUUGGUCCUGGCCUGCUUAAUUUGAGCAAAUCUUAGUGUAGGCUAAAAUAAUUGAUUAGUUCUUUAGUGUGUGGUGUGCCGUGUGCAUGUGAUAAUCAAGGACCAUCGAUUUAGUAUCAGAGUGUUUGGUUUGAUGUAUCGUGUACCGUCUUCGAUCGCAU